ACAAGAAGAAGAAGAAGAAGACCGGAAGGCACACUUUCUAGUUCACGCCAUUGCGGAAACAAAUUAGCUGUUUACUGCUCGAGUCUAAAGAUACUAGAGAUGAAAAAACAAGACACAGAAGAGUCUGCCUCCCAGAGCAGUGAGGAAGCUCUACCUGGAAAAGAGGGGAUGGAGGUACCUGCAGCUGCAAAAGUCAACUUGGAUGGUGACAUACCCAAAGAGUCUGAACAACAGACAGACACACCUCCACAAUGUGAUGAGGUGGGAAGUGAAGAUGCAGAUGCAGAUGCAGAUGCAGAGGUAGAACUGCCUAAUUGUGACAUGGCUGAGGAAUUGAGCAGGCAGUUGGAGGACAUUCUUAGCACCUACUGUCGUGAGAGCAUUUCUGAUGAUGCA